CUAAAUCACCUGGGAACCAGUCCCCUCCCUCCCCGGCUGCAGCCCCGCCUGUGGGAACGCUUAAAGUCCAGCCUGGGUAGGUCUGGACAGUCGGAGCCGGCUCCCCACAGCACCAUGGUGAAGUCCAGCAGCAUCGUCCUCCUGGUGGGGCUCCUGGCGCUCUGGGCCGAGCUGCCGUCUGCAUCUGGCCAGAACAUUACCAAGAAAGAGGGCGUGUGCCCAGACACAGUGGUGGAGGCGGCUAACUGCACGGAGCAAUGCCAGGCCGACAGCGACUGCGAGGAGAACCUCAAGUGCUGCCAGACAAGCUGCGGAUGGUCUUGUCAGCUCCCCAACGUGAAACCCGGCUCGUGCCCAUUGGUGUCAGGCGGAAUCCCCUUACUGGGCCUGUGCAAGAACCAAUGCACAGUGGACUCGCAAUGCACAGGGACCAUGAAGUGCUGCAUCAAUGGCUGUCGCAAACGGGCGUGUGUCCGGCCAAAUUUUUAAAGAUGCCUCCUAGAACUGCCCAUCACCAGGCCAAGGAGGAGUGGUGCUCUGAAAUGCCUGUCGCUCUGCACACGACUCCCAGUGCCCCAACAUGGAGCUGUCCUGCUCCCCAGCUCCCUGCCCAGGGCUCUCACGGACCAGCACAUCCAGACCCCAAUAAAACAGCCUCA